AUGGCGGACCGAUAUUCAUUCUCCCUCACAACAUUCUCUCCCAGUGGAAAGCUGGUGCAGAUUGAAUACGCUUUGAACGCUGUCAAUCAGGGCAUUACCGCCCUUGGCAUCAAAGCUACCAACGGCAUCGUUCUCGCCACCGAAAAGAAGUCGUCCUCGCCUCUCGCUGACCAAAGCUCCGUGUCCAAAAUCAGCAACAUCACACCAAACAUUGGCGCCGUCUAUUCUGGCAUGGGUCCCGAUUACCGAGUCCUAAUUGACCGAGCACGCAAAGUUUCUCACACUGGCUACAAGCGAAUCUACAACGAGUACCCUCCUACCAGAAUAUUGGUCCAGGAUGUUGCUAGAGUUAUGCAAGAAGCGACGCAGUCAGCUGGCGUUCGACCCUACGGUGUGAGCAUGCUAGUUGCCGGUUGGGAUGACGGCAUCGAGCCCGAAGAUGAGGCUCCCGCUGCUGAAGGUGACGAAAAAAAACCCACGUCCAAAACUGGUGGUAUCCAAAAGGGCGGGCCUAUGUUGUAUCAGGUCGACCCUACGGGUAGUUACUUUCCCUGGAAGGCUACAGCUAUUGGUAAGAGCGCGACCAAGGCUAAGACCUUCCUGGAGAAGAGAUACUCUGAGGAGUUGGAACUGGAGGAUGCAAUUCACAUUGCCCUUUUGACCUUGAAGGACAAUAUUGAGGGAGAAAUGAACGGUGAUUCCAUUGAGAUUGGUAUUGUCGGCCCUCCUGCUGACCACUUGCUGGGAGUCGAGGGAGUCGAGGGAGCAACGGGCCCGCGAUUCAGAAAGCUCACCCCUCAGGAAAUCGAGGACUACCUGACGAGUCUAUGA